ACUCGCCGCGGCGUGCGACGUGGAGCUGCGGGCGGGCGAGCAGCGGCGCUGACAGGAGUGGCAGGGCGGGCAGGGCCCGGCGCAGCGGCUCGACAUGGGUAAGGGCGGCGGGGUAGGAGUGCGCGGUGGGCCGGGUUGUGCUCGUGGUGCGGAGCGGCAAGGGAGGCGGAAGACCCUGGAUGUAGCGCUUGGGCGAUUUGUGCGAGUCUAACCUACGGACGUGGGGUUAGAGCAGUGGUUUCGUGUGGCAGAAUCCCGUGAGGGUGUACGGAGCGCGGGAGGUGCGUGGCGGUGAGCUGUGCAGCCCCGCGCUUGGGGCCUUUCUGCCGAUGGCCCUCACGGCGCGGGUCCGCGACGGCGAUGUGUGGUUGGCAGCGUGACUGGCUGAGCACCCGCAGCACUGCGCUUCGUUUUAAGGAAGGAGAAGCGGGUGGUCCCGGGAGAGACCGUACGCCUCAGGAGGAGUCCUUUCUUGCACCGCAGUGUCCUUGUGUGGUGGUCUCUGGUAGACGAGGGGGCUUUUUCUCCACCAUCUUUUCCAGCUUGUUUGGAACUCGAGAGAUGAGGAUUCUCAUCCUGGGGCUGGAUGGAGCCGGAAAAACAACCAUCCUGUACAGGUUACAGGUUGGAGAAGUUGUUACCACCAUUCCAACAAUUGGCUUCAAUGUUGAAACAGUGACAUACAAGAAUCUGAAAUUUCAAGUUUGGGACCUGGGAGGACAGACAAGCAUAAGGCCAUACUGGCGGUGUUACUAUUCCAAUACAGAUGCAGUCAUUUAUGUAGUAGACAGCUGUGAUCGAGACAGAAUUGGCACUUCAAAAUCAGAGCUUGUUGCUAUGCUGGAGGAAGAAGAAUUGAAGAAAGCCAUUUUGGUGGUGUUUGCAAAUAAGCAGGACAUGGAACAGGCCAUGACUCCCACAGAAAUGGCCAACGCACUGGGCUUACCAGCACUGAAGGACAGGAAAUGGCAGAUAUUCAAAACCUCUGCAACUAAAGGCACUGGGCUCGAUGAAGCCAUGGAGUGGUUGGUGGAAGCCUUGAAGAGUAGGCAGUGAUACAGAGCUGACAAUUGCAAAGAAGUUUCAACUACGUCCAGCAUCCCUCUUUCUGCAGUCAAGUAUGGUCAGGCCCACACAAGUACUUGUAAAUAGGGCAGGUUUGCAUUUGAGUCAUGUAACGUGGAUGCCUCUCUUCAGAUAGAAAACUGAACCAAGUGGAUGUCUGUGUACAUUAUGAUCUUCAUUUCCUUUCUUUGUGUUUAAAGAUGUGCUUAAUAAUUUGUAUGAAGGUUUUUCUGGAAGGCAAAGGGAUUUUUAUAUAUAUUUUUUUCUUUUUCCAUUCACUGGGUAGUUUGAAGUUGGUGUGGUUACUCUAUUUGUGUAAUUAAAACACUAAUAAAAUCCGCAAUGAUCAGCUGUACUGAAGGUGCGUUGCUUGCUUGCAGGAGCAGGAGUUGAGUUCAGCUGCAGCCAGUUCUAACAGACACAUGGCUGAACAUUGCAGGAGGUUUCCUUAAGCUGAUCUUGUUAUGCUUCAACCGAGAUAAUACCGUACCUGUUAACAUAGCAUUGCUUUUUCUGUUUCUUCAGUAGCUGCCUGCUGCCCUGAUGUGGCACAGCUGUAACUUAAUUCCCCCCUUUCCUGAGCUGUUCUUUCUCUACUCUGUGCUUAGCUGCAUGAGUCAGCUUUCUCCCUCCAGCUGUGGAAGCUGAAAGACAAAUCAAGGUCAAUGCAGUCUGUUUUCUCCAGAAGGUAGGAAGGGCACAGGCAGGAAUGCAGCCAUCAUAUAACCCAUCUUUUAAACACUCAUGAAGUAAAAUUCAGUGUAAAAAAA